AAGCAGCCACUGGAUUCAGGUGUUCAGCUGGCAUCUCGCACAACAAGACACUGGCAAAACUGGCCUGUGGGUUAAACAAGCCCAACCGCCAGACACUGGUGUCUGCGCGAUUUGUGCCGCAGCUCUUCAGCCAACUGCCUGUCAGCAGUAUCCGUAACCUGGGAGGCAAGCUUGGCACUGCUAUCACAGACAUCCUGGGAGUGGAGUACAUUGGGGAGCUGACACGGUUCAGUGAGACAGAGCUCCAGACUCACUUUGGAGACAAAACUGGGUCCUGGCUCUAUGACUUGUGUAGAGGAAUUGAAGAUGAACCUGUCAAAAACCGGUUCCUGCCCCAGUCUAUUGGCUGCAGCAAGAACUUCCCUGGGAGGACAGCCCUGGCCACACAGAAAGAGGUGCAGCACUGGCUCCUGCAGCUGGCUUUGGAGCUGGAAUCUAGACUGACCAAGGACAGGAACCAGAACCACCGUGUGGCCAGGCAGCUGAUGGUGGUGGUCCGGCAGCAAGGGGACACCCGUGUGUCACGCUUCUGCGCGCUGACCCGCUAUGACGCGCAGAAAAUGUGCAAUGAUGCCUUUGCCCUCAUCCAAAACUGCAAUGCGGCUGGGGCACACCAGGCAGCGUGGUCUCCACCGCUGAUAUCAGUGUUUCUCUCAGCAAACAAGUUCUCAGAGCCUGCCACCUUCUCUGCAGGCAUCGCCAGCUUCCUGACAGGUGAUACCCAGCCUGAUGGCACUGCCAGCCAAAACACCACGUCUUCUGGGAGGGCCAGGGUCAAGUUCUUUAGAAGCCCAAGCAAAGAGCAUAGGCAGAAACCAGCUAAUGCUAUUGAGUCGUUCUUCCGGAAGGCAGCAGAACAGCGGCUGCCGCAGAUGGCAGCAGCAACCAGCUUGCCCACGACUACCUCUGCAGAGUCACCUGUGCCCAGCUCCCCAGAGCACCAAGAGAGAGAUGGUGCUGGACUUGCCUCUGUGCAGUGUGACCUGGAGUCCCCUGUGAAGCAGAGUCCUAGCGAUAGGAGCACUGCUUCUCCUUACAAGAGGCUUUCCUGUGAGAAGUUGCCAUCAGAUGCUGUACAAACACCCUCGACUCCACCCAGCUCCAGGACUCUUCUGAAAUUACAGGCAGCUAUGGAGGGAAAUGAGCAGAAUUUGCCACCCUCUCCUGAGCUUGCCCUGCUGCCUCCUGCCUCACCAGGGGACCAGCAGCAUUGUGAGAAAUGUGGCCAGCUCGUGCUGGUGUGGGAGUUCCCAGAGCACAUGGACUACCACUUUGCUCUGGAGCUGCAAAGCUCUUUCCUGGAGCCCAGUGCUCCCACAGCUUCAACAGCACCUCCCAGCCCAAAGGCUGCAGGUUCCAGGUCUCCUACCAAGACAAAGAACAAGCCCAAAACUUCAGCAGGAAGAGUGUACAACCACAUUUUACUUCCUUCCCAGACUUUUGAGUGA